UGUAUAACUGGAGGAAAUCGUUUCAUUCGCUGCUACUCCCCUCAGUGGAAAAUAUUAGACAGACCGGUACAUUUCCGAACCACUACAACACUAUUAAACUGACAUUAAAUGCGCAGCCAUUUUCGAUGAUCGGCCAGUACCUGACAUAGAGGCAUGAUGCUUUAUCAGAUGCUUAUAAACGUUUACACAGGUACAGAGCUAGCAGGUUAGCUGGCGUCUAUCUGGACUGCCAGUGUACGACAAGGGAGCUGCUGCUUCAUUUCCUCGUUUCUCGGAUCGGGAACAAAUCCAGCGGUUUAGUGUCGGGACGCUCUUAUGUUUUGGUAUUAUGAUGAACAUGGAGCUGUUUCAAGCUAAAGAUCAUUAUAUUCUUCAGAGAGGAGAUAACGCGCUGUGGUGCAGCAGGAAGGAUGGAUCUGUGGCCGUGAGACCUGCAACCGACCUCCUACUAGCAUGGAACCCUGUCUGUCUGGGCCUUGUCGAGGGUAUUAUUGGAAAAAUACAGCUUCAUGCCGAUCUUCCUCUGGGUCUGAUCCUGAUUCGCCAGAAAGCACUGGUGGGCCAGUUGCCAGGAGACCACAAAGUCUACAAGAUCACCAAGAUAGUUGUCAUUCCACUCUCAGAGGAUGAACCACAGGAUCUAGAAUUAGAGCUCUGUAAAAAGCAUCAUUUUGGAAUCAACAAACCAGAGAAAAUCACCCAGUCACCGGACGAGUCCAAGUUCCUGUUAAAGACCCUGAGUCAGAUCAAAUCUAAUGUUGCUGUUCCCAUGAAGAAAAAGUAUUCCCCUGCCUUUCAGGUCAAGGAGAAUAAAGAGAAGGAACGUCUGGAGAGGCGGCUGUUUGAAGAGCUCUAUAAGAUAUUCAUGGACUCGGAUUCAUUUUACUAUAGUCUGACCUAUGACCUAACCAAUACAGUCCAGCGACAGGGAGCGUUAGGCAAGUCAGAUCAACCCCUGUGGAAAAAGGUGGAUGAUAGAUUCUUCUGGAACAAGCAUAUGGUCAAAGACCUAAUUGACUUGCAGGUGCCUCAGGUGGACUUUUGGGUGAUUCCUAUCAUCCAAGGCUUCGUGCAGGUGGAGGAGCUCGUGGUGAACUACAACGAGAGCUCUGAUGAAGAGAGAAGCAGUCCGGAGACGCCUCUGCAGGAACCCACCUGUGUGGAUGAUAUUCACCCUCGCUUCACCGUGGCCCUCAUCUCCAGAAGAAGCCGCCACCGUGCAGGAAUGCGCUACAAGCGGAGAGGGGUGGAUGCAGACGGACAUGUGGCCAACUAUGUGGAGACGGAGCAGCUAAUCCACGUGCACAGUCACACGCUGUCCUUUGUACAAACGCGAGGCUCUGUCCCUGUGUUCUGGAGCCAAGCUGGGUACCGCUACAACCCCAGACCUCGGAUAGAGAAAGGAGAGAGGGAAACUAUGCCUUAUUUUGCCUCUCACUUUGAACAGCAAGUUGAGAUUUACAAAAAACUGGUCAUCAUUAAUUUAGUGGACCAAAAUGGACGUGAGAAGACAAUUGGUGAUGCUUACCUCAAACAAGUGCUGCUGUACAAUAAUCCCAACCUAACAUACGUUUCAUUUGACUUCCAUGAGCACUGUCGAGGGAUGAAGUUUGAAAAUGUGCAGACUCUCACUGAUGCCAUCUAUGACAUCAUCACAGACACGAGAUGGGCCUGGGUGGACCAAGCAGGAGUCAUCUGCCAACAGGAAGGCAUCUUCCGGGUUAACUGCAUGGAUUGCUUGGACAGAACUAAUGUGGUACAGGCCGCUAUCGCCCGUGUGGUCAUGGAACAGCAGCUGAAAAAACUUGGUGUAAUGCCACCCGAGCAGCCACUGCCCCUCAAGUGUUACAGAAUCUAUCAGGUGAUGUGGGCCAACAAUGGAGACACCAUUAGCCGUCAGUAUGCUGGCACAGCUGCCCUAAAGGGAGAUUUCACACGAACAGGAGAGCGAAAGUUAGCUGGGGUGAUGAAGGAUGGUGUGAACUCAGCUAAUCGUUACUAUCUGAACCGCUUCAGAGAUGCCUACCGACAGGCCGUCAUUGACCUCAUGAUGGGACAUCCAGUAACAGAAGAUCUGUACUCCAUCUUCAGCAAAGAGAAGGAGCAUGAGGAGAAAGAGAAGGAGAGCCAAAGAGGAGCUCAGGAGCAGGUCAGCCUCCUGCUGCAGACGUACAUGCAGAUGCUGUUACCUGAUGAUGAGAAGUUCCACGGUGGAUGGGCUCUUAUAGACUGUGAUCCAAGUCUCAUAGAUGCCACCCAUAAAGAUGUUGACGUUCUUCUGCUGCUGUCCAACUGUGCAUAUUAUGUAGCCUAUUAUGAUGAGGAGGCGGACAAAGUCAACCAGUACCAGAGACUCAGUUUAGAAGGUCUUGAAAAGAUCGAAAUUGGGCCAGAACCAACUCUUUUCGGAAAGCCUAAGUACUGCUGCAUGCGGCUGCACUAUAAGAAUGGGGAGAUCAGCGGUUACUUCCAUACGCUGAGGGCUGUCACACGGAAUCCAGAGGAUGAUGGGAAAGACACACUCCAGUGCAUCGCUGAAAUGCUUCGUAUUACAAAGCAAGCUAUGGGGCUUGACGUCCAGGUCGUUGAGAAGAAACUAGAGAGGAGACACAGCAAACCACAUGAGGAUAUAAUGGGAAUUCAAGGAAAAGCUGUGGACCAAGUCCUUGGGUCUGGUUUGGCUCAAGGCAAAAGUUUCCUUCUGAACAAGUUCUCAUCGCUAAACCAGAAAGUGAAGCAGACAAAGACUAACGUCAACAUUGGAAACUUCAAGCCCUUGGGGAAACUGGGGACCUUCUCUAAGCCUGAGGUGAAAGUGAACUUUCUCAAGCCCAAUUUACAUAUGAACCUCUGGAAGUCAGACAGCAGUUUAGAGACCCAUGAUGGCAAUACUGGUUCGGCAGCCCUGAAAGACCUUAAAGACAAACAUUCGGAUGAGAUUUCCUCUGAUUCCGAUUCCUACAACUCGGAUGAGCUGCCAUGCUCGGGCUCUCGGGAAAACGUAGACUAUGUGCUUCCUAGCUGUGGAAUUGUAGCAUCUGCACCACGACUUGGCAGUCGCUCGCAAUCAAUUGGCAGCGUCGAGCUUGCUGUGCCCUCUGUCAUCCGAGUCACAGGCUGUGAUAAUAAGACUGCGGAUAGCUUGUCAGUUGGCCAAGAUGGCCAGUCUCCUGGGACAGCCUCUGAGGCAGAGGAAGCCAUUCUGAUUGACUUCGGGACACCUAUUGAUGCUUACUGCCACCAGUUUGUCCAGGAUGCCAAGACCAAACCAAUAGAGGUGUUCGAGGAAGUGGCUCCAGCACCCAAACCGCAAGCACCUCAAGCCCUCUCAGCUCCUGACACAAGACUGGGGACUUCAAAUUACCAACAGCAACUCCCUCGCCCAUCUCAACUUGAGGUGGAGACCACCGUCCGAGGGGCAAAUCUACUGACUGUCCAGCCUGUGGGCUCAGCCACAUCAUGCGGGUCACAAAAGAGUUUGGAAGGCAUCACAGGACCCUCGCCGGCAGACAGCAACGGAAGCCGUGUGGUGUCGCCCUUUGCGAAGAUCAGGAGCUCCAUGGUGCAGGUGGCUAGUUUUACCCAGGCCGGACUUACCCAAGGCAUUAACUUUGCUGUAGCUAAGGUGCAGAAAAGCCCAGAGACAGACGCUGUCAACGAAACCCAAGAGAACGAAUUGCGAGCGAUGUUUACACAGUGCCAGACCAGGAUCAUUCAGAUAUAGCGUGUUUAGCAGAUGCAUUUUUAGUGUUAGAUCGUGACUUCCUCAAAAGUAAUGGUAGCAUAAGCUCACAGAAGUCAAGCCACACCACUAGUUUCCCCUCCAGUUAACCAAAACCAAAGUUUACAGCAAGUGUUUAGUAGUAAGUAGUACGUCUAAGAUUAACCCGACUGUGCCCCUGAGUCCAAAUCGAAUCCUAAACAUCUAUAUAUUGCUGGUUUGCAUGUUAAGAAGCAGGUAACUCUGAGGUAUAUUAGGACAGGCAAGUUGUAUUGCAUGUCAAGAAGACCCAAUACCUAGAUAUGUCAUGUGACCCCAUUUGUGCAGUACAAUUCACUGGCUGUUGUAGCUGUAAAACCUUUUUCGAUUGGAAUAUCUAUCAGUGGGCAGCUUAGACAACCAGACAAUACAGUUAUAUGGAUAUCUUUGAUGUGGUGUUUGUCAUAAAAAUAUACCAAAAUAGGACCACAAUAGUUGUGUAGGAUCUAUGGUCAAAUUAUAUUAUUCAACUAAGUAUUAUAUGUAAGUACUGUAGCAGUUUCCUUUAGUACUCAACAAUUAAGAUGUUUAUAGAGAGGGAAUUAUAUUUACAUGCUCUUAAGUUUAUAAUCAUAGCUGAUGGAAACAAUCCAUCUCCAGUUCUUUUGGGCUCUGUAGAUGUAAUCACGCAGCUAAAUAAUUUGACUAAAUCAUGACUUAAACUGAUAUUUAUUGUCACAUGUUGGUUUUGAGAAAAGCUUAUGUCUUAAAAUCCGUUUUAUUUCAUGUUUUUCAGUUGUAUGCUGUGGGAUAAUGUAACAGUGGUCUGCUGAUAUCUUAAAAUGCUUAAAACGUACGUUGGGGAACGACCUGUUUUAAGUACCUGUAAAAACAUCAAAUUUAUUUGCAAAGGCAUUGGACUUCUGUAUGCAAAUGACUUUUGACUGGUAUUUGACACAGGUCUGAUGCAGGGUACCCAUGACACAACUUUUUUGCACUCUUAAAUGGCAAGAGCAAGCCUUAUCAGAUUGCUAAAUGCCAAGUCUACCUAUAAAUCUGUUUUCAUUAAAGUCAUUCAGGUUACAUUUAUGUUUUAUCUGUAGUAUCCAUGUGAUGUCUUUAGAUUCGCUCUGGCCAUUUGGUUCAAGAUCAAGAAGUGAUACAGAUUACAUCAUCUUUUGAGGCUGCCUUACCCAAUAUAUUCUAGAUGCAGAAAGAACUUAAAGCCUUACUGGGUGAUAUCCAGUAGAACCUAGGUUAAUUAUGCAUUAUUUAAUGAUGUUUAAGUGCAGAUCCUGUGGGAUUGAUCUUUGUGUAUUAAGCGACUUUGAAAUAGUUCAAAAUCUUAUGGGCCACAUGAUAUCUAAAUAAGACAAUGUGAUUUCAAGUGAACAUCAGUGAGAACAUUAUAUUGGCUUUGAGGGCUGGUUUAUAAGUUCUUUGGGCCGCAGUUUGUUUUUCAAACACGUCACAAGCUUUUUUUCUCACACACUAUUUCUUAUCUUUUUCUCACAUGUACUGUAGCAUAGAGUGCUGUGCAAGACACUGGUUUACACAAUGCUGUUGCAAUGCAUACACAUUCAGACAUUCCUGGAGCUGGUACGUGAUUUAUUAACCUUAUGAGAUUGGAACUGUCUGAGCUUUAAUAUAUGGUGGCUGUUAUGCAAUAGUGAUAAAUACAUGCGCAGUAGGUUUUGGUGGUAAGUGGACUUUUUUGUUACGUUUUUUUUUUUUUUUUUUUACUAUUUAAGACAGCAUGCACUGGACUGCACUCUGUUCUUUUGUUUUGAACUUGAAAUGCUCUUAUUUGGUGGAGGAUCUUGAUAAACAUUCCUCUUGGUUUGGAGGUGGGGAUAGAUUGUUUUUUAUGUAUGAAUUUUUAAUUUUCUAUGCAUAAAGACUUGCACUGUCUCUGUGGUUGUUCCCCAACAUCUUAUAAUGUUGCAAAUGGUCACAAAGUGCUUUUGAAUCCACUUUUUAUUUUCAAUGUUUGUAACUGAACUGACAUGCAUCGUAUUAUAUUUCGUCCAACAGUCUUUUGUUUCAAAAACACAUUUCCAGCUUCUUCCCAUUUAAGAGAACGUCCUCCAUAUUUUUUAGUGAAAUGUUUUCAUCUAUUGUACCCCCCAAUGUUUUUUUGCAGAUUAUUUAUUCCAAAUUCAUGUUCUCAAGUGUAUUCCCUAGUAUUUUUCCUAUGUUAAUAAUAAUUGUGUUAACUGCUGUAUUUUAAAAUAUUAUGGGCUGUACCUGGGAGGCUUUUUAAGUAAAUAAUUAAAAAAGAU